UUUAACUUAAAAGUUAAAUACCGGUCCGCAAAACACCGGUACCGGCACAAUUUAGUUGCAGAUUUCAACUCUAAAUACGUCCAAACCUCUAACAGGAGAGAAUCAAAAAUGGCUUUAAACAAACUCAGCAUAGAUAGCCUUGACUUUGGGCAGAAAAGAGUCAUCAUGAGAGUUGAUUUUAAUGUUCCUCUUAAAGAUGGUCAGAUCACCAACAACCAAAGGAUUGUAGCGGCUUUACCAAGCAUCAAACAUGUUUUGGAGAAGGGGGCUAAAUCAUUGGUACUGAUGAGCCAUCUUGGUCGACCAGACGGAAAGAAACAAGAUAAGUUCACUCUCAAGCCUGUUGCUGAAGAGCUCAAGAAACUGAUGGGAAAAGAGAUCCAGUUCUUGUCGGACUGUGUUGGUGCUGAUGUAGAGUCAGUCUGUGCAGACCCUGCUGCUGGAUCUAUUAUCCUUCUAGAAAACCUGCGCUUCCAUCCUGAAGAAGAAGGAAGUAGUAAGGAUGCUGCAGGCAAGAAGGUGAAAGCCUCAGCAGAAGAUGUUUCAUCUUUCCGUUCAUCUUUGUCUAAGCUUGGUGAUGUUUACAUCAAUGAUGCAUUUGGUACUGCACAUAGGGCACAUAGUUCCAUGGUUGGAGUUGCUCUACCCAAGAAGGCAGCAGGAUUUCUGAUGAAGAAGGAGCUAGCUUACUUUGCCAAAGCUUUACAUAAUCCAGACCGACCGUUCCUGGCAAUCCUUGGAGGGGCUAAAGUAAAGGACAAGAUUCAGCUGAUAUCUAACAUGUUGGAUAAAGUGAAUGAGAUGAUAAUUGGUGGUGGUAUGGCGUACACGUUCCUGAAAGUACUACAUGGGAUGGAGAUUGGUGGCUCUCUGUUUGACGAGGAUGGUGCAAAGAUUGUGGGUGACUUAAUGAAAACUGCAGAGAAAAAUGGAGUGAAAAUCCACCUGCCGAGUGACUUCAUUACUGCUGAUAAGUUUGCAGAGGAUGCAAAGGUUGGAACGGCUACCGUUGAGUCUGGUAUUCCAAAGGGCUGGAUGGGUCUGGACUGUGGACCUAAAAGUGUGUCAGAAUUCCAAACAAUUGUUGAGAGAGCCAAGGUUAUUGUGUGGAAUGGGCCGGUUGGUGUUUUCGAAUUUGAAAAUUUUGCUGCUGGAACUAAAGCUGUAAUGGACUCUGUUGUUUUGGCAACAGAGAAGGGUGCUACAACUAUAAUAGGUGGAGGUGACACAGCAACAUGUGCAGCUUUAUGGGGAACUGAAGAUAAAGUCAGUCACGUCAGUACUGGAGGCGGAGCUAGCCUGGAACUUCUGGAGGGUAAAACUUUGCCAGGGGUUGCUGCACUGAGUGAUGCCUGACUAGAAGAAGUAAAUGCAUCCAAUCUUUGAUGACUACAACUCUUUAGGUUUUACUGAGAGUAAAUUUAGAGCUGAACUUAGAAAGUACUCAAACUAUACCAUAAUAAAUUGAAAUGCUGUGUUUCACCCAGUGAAGUGAUGUAGAUCUACAAUACUCCGCUAUUCCGAUGCAUAUAUGACUGAAGAGUUGUACCAUCCGGAAUGAGAGUCAAUUUCUGAGAUGCUCUUUCAUGCAGUAUCAACACCGAUAAAAAUAACAAACUUAUACAGUGGCAAAGUCUGCCUAGAAGAUGCAUCAAGGCACUGCAGUUUAAUGGUUGACCUGCAGUUUAAUGGUCAUUAUCCAACAUUUUGUAGCUUAUAAUAAACCAAAAGAAAAAUAACUAUCAGGACAUUUCUUUUCAUUUGCUUUUCACCAUCCUGUCAUUGGCGUGUGGGCUGUUAAAUGUGGAAUAAAAUUAUUAACAAAUAAAUCAAGUUCUGUUUAGUAAAGGAUAAUUUAUUAGCCAAAUAUAAGAAUAUCUCUGGUAAAGUACUUGAUCUGCUAGAUCAGGAUGAGAAUAGGAAGGUUUCUUUAUAGGUUGCAAACGGUACAUAAGAAUAAUUUGUUAUGAUUGAUAUUGGAUAACUUGGGUUUCAAGAUACCAUUGCUACAAUCCUUCUGAAUGGUUCAUUAUUAUUAUUAUUAAUAUCUUAAUGUAAUAAUUUAGUAAGGAGACCUGGGCCCAAUUUGAUAAAAC